AUGGCACUGGCUACGCUUGGCAUCAUCAGCAUUGGCGAUAUGGGGCUCGGCAUUGCAAAGCUCCUGCUAUCUCACAAUUUCAAUGUCAUUACGAAUGUUCGUGGUCGCAGUCCAGAAACGCAGGAGCGUGCCCGCAAAAAUGGAAUAUCACUCGUCGACACCGACACGGCGCUGGUCGAUGCAGCAGAUGUCAUCCUGUCCAUUGUGCCACCGCGUGAUUCGCUCACAGUCGCAAGGCGUAUUUCCACUGCUUCAGGUUCUGCAUCAAGGACCCGACCAAGCCCUCUCUGCUUUAUAGAUCUCAAUGCAGUGAGCCCACGCACGGCUCGGGAAGUCAACGAUCUUUUCGUGAAUUCCAGCUCCAAAGUCAAUUUCAUCGACGGAGGGAUUAUCGGCGCACCGCCGAGCCUGAAAGAAGACGGCAGCUGGUAUCGUCCAUCAAUUCCGGUUUCUGGUCCCUACAAGCUUUUCCAGGCUCAUCCAAACGGUGACAAGUUGGCAGAGGUGCUGAACAUGAGACACCUUAACGACACAAUCGGCGCCGCAACCGGUUUAAAGAUGUGCUUUGCGUCGCUUUCCAAGGGGUUUACUGCGCUUGCCAUCCAAUCCUUCACCACAGCCCACAGCCUAGGUGUUCUCAAUGAGCUUAGACAACAUCUUGAUGACUUCUCCCCAGGUGUGCGGACACGCGCAGAAAGAGGUCUGGUCUCGAUGCCUCCAAAAGCGUACAGAUGGGUGAACGAAAUGGAGGAAAUUGCUGCAACCUUUGAGGCCGACGGCGGGUUUCAGAUGGACGAAUCGCCAUUCAGGGCGAUUGCAAAUAUCUACAAGCUUGUAGCUGACGAGACUGAUCUAGGGUUGGAGAAGACCGAGGAUCGCCAUAGGGGAAAAAGCUCUGAAGACGUUGCAAAGCUCAUUCUGGAAGGCACCACCAGGCGGAAGAUCAAGACGGAUUAG